AUGCAUCAACCGAUGGGAUUUCGUCACCAUGAUUAUCCUGACCAUGUUUGCCGCCUCAAAAAGUCACUCUAUGGCCUCAAACAAGCCCCACGGGCCUGGUAUCAAAGGUUUACUGACUUCGUUAUUCAACAUGGGUUCACACAGUGCAAGUCGGAUAAUUCUCUGUUUAUUUAUCACCAUGGGACGGAUGUCGCCUACCUUCUUAUCUAUGUUGACGACAUCAUCCUCACCACAUCUUCUGAUCUCUUACGUCAGAAACUUAUGACCACCUUGGCCGGCGAGUUUGCAAUGAAAGACUUAGGCCCUCUCUCUUAUUUUCUGGGCAUCUCGGUUGCUCGGACGGGUAAUACUUUAUUUCUUUCUCAGCAGUCCUACACAAAGGACAUUAUUCACCGUGCAGGCAUGGACGCAUGCAAACCUGCGGCUACCCCUGUGGACACCCAGAGCAAAUUAUCAAGUGUCCCCGACUCUCCUUAUGAUGAUCCCACUACUUACCGGAGUCUAGCUGGUGCUUUACAGUACCUUACUUUCACCCGGCCUGACAUCACUUAUGCAGUUCAGCAGAUUUGCAUGCAUAUGCAUUCUCCCUGUCAGGCUCAUUGGAAUGCUCUCAAACGUAUUAUUCGGUACUUACAGGGCACCGUUGAUUAUGGGCUUCACUUAUCUUCCUCAUCUGCCCUGCCUAUCCGAGCAUACACAGAUGCAGACUGGGCCGGUUGCCCUGAGACGAGACGCUCCACAUCUGGCUAUUGUGUUUAUCUUGGAGACAAUCUCGUGUCCUGGUCCUCUAAACGUCAGUCCACUAUCGCUCGCUCCAAGUGCUGA